UUACGUGUUUGAGACAACAACAGACUCACGCUGCCUCAGUCACUCACAGUCAGUCUCAGUCACUCACAGUCAGUCUCAGUCACUCACACAGUCAGUCUCAGUCAGUGAUGGUGGGUAAAGCGGUGGUCUCCAAGAAAUAUGUGUCCAGGAAGGUGAAGGCAGUACGCUGGAAGCCUCCUCUGUCAGACUACGGGAGGACUGACACCUUGGUCACCGGUAGUUGGGGUGACACUGAGAAUGUUGUAGGUGUGUGGCACGUCCCAGAGUCAGAAGAUGACCCCACACUUGUGAACCAGCUGAUGCAUUCAGGCAAUGUUAAUGACAUACAGUAUGUUACCAGAGACAUGUUUGCAGCAGGGAGCAGUACAGGGGGCGUGAAGCUAUACAAGCACAACAAUAGCAAUCACAUAGAGGAAAAAAUGUCUUGGGACAGAUUACACUCCUUUUUAGGAGGAGCUGCCCCGUGUACUGCUCUAGCCACCAAUGGAGACCAGAUUGCUUCAGUUGGUGAAGAUGGAAAACUAGUCAUCAUUAAUCCCAACCAGAAAGCUACUAAUAGAACCAUAGAGAGUGUGGGCGGGUGCAGUGUUUAUGCAGUGGUUUAUGUGCGUGCCAGUGAGGUUGUGACGGCCAACAUGCAGGGACACCUUAAGUUGUGGGAUCUUCGAGCUUCUCAGCCAGCCAAGGCCACACUCCUCAGUCCUGACCAGAUAGCUGUAUGUCACCUUGCUGGCCAUCCCACCCAGCAACACCUGGUGGCUGCAGGAGGGGAGGAUGGAGCCCUUGCCAUAUGGGACAUGCGUAACACUGGCCAGCCCUUCUCCAUUAUAUCUGCUCACAACGGACCAAUUAGUGAAGUAAAGUUCCACCCGGGAGCACCAGAACACCUGUUUACUUGUGGUCUAGAUGGCCAGCUGCUUCACUGGGAUGCUUCAGCUUCUGCACGGCCUACACACAUGUCCUCAUUUAAGAGUACCCGAGAACUGCCAGGAGGCAGUGUCACUGUGUGGUUAAGUAGUGAUGUGGCUAGAGGAGCCAUUGAUACAACGUGCGUGAUUCCACAGUCACCGCUGCCCAUCAACUCCAUCGACGUGGAGGGCACUACCCUUAUUGCCGGCUCAGACAACGAGGCCAUCUUCACAGUUCGUAAAGUUAUGUUGUACUGAAUAAAUAGCUGGUUAUUAUACGUUGUAUGUUGUAUUGUAGCUUAGGAAUAAAAUUUUCUGUAAUA